CACAACAUUAGCUCUUCCUCGAACUAGAGCGGCACCUCAACUGCGUUUGGUUGGUAACGUGAUAACUUACAUGUGCAAAGGAAUAUGCUCUUCUUACUGCAGAUGUAACGUAACCACUCGGACAAUCAUUCGUAGACCAUGAAUUCAAAUUCAUUCGCAAUCCGUUGCCAGGCUACCAGAUCUGUCCCGUGCUCAGGGACGCAGUGGGGUGUCAAAUAAGUAAACUGGACACAUUUAAAGGACACCUGAUGUAAGUAGUGAUCAAAAUGUCUUCUGAGGAGGAGACACGUUCCUCCCCUCCCCCUUCUUCCUCCGCCUCUUCCUCCUCACCUCCUCCGGCCUCCCACUUCAUCGGAAAGAAGGAGGACAUUGUCCAGGCGCGGCGUGUGACUAAGAUGCUGAAUGGAGGCAGAGAUAUACUGGUUCUGUUCCACCAGGGGCAACUUUAUGCUAUGGAUCAACGCUGCUACCAUUCAGGUGGUGCAUUACAGCACGGAGACAUUGAGGAGUUUAAUGGGCGGCUGUGUAUUGUGUGUCCGUGGCACAAGUACAAGAUCACACUAGCAGAAGGCGAAGGGCUUUACCAAGCUGUGGAUGAUCCUACUGCCAAACCUUUGAGAACUCAAUGGCGCUCCAAGGGGGUAAAACAGAGGAUUCACAAAGUCACUGAGGUCAACGGGAAUGUAUAUGUAACUCUGAACGACCAGUGAGGCCAUCGAGUCGGAUGUCUACCAGACCGAGAGAUACACGACUGACUGAGACAAGGUCCAGCCAACCAGCCAUGGCCAAGAAAUAAAGAGACACUCAAGGACCUUUUUUUUCAGGUGAUUGAUUACUCAACAAGCACUGAAGUGCUUCCAGGACCAAGUGAGAAGUUUUGUUAUAUUUUAUUGGAAAGCAUAUCAACCGUCUUCAGAACCUGAUUAUCACAAUAAUAAUUGUCAAAAAAAUGUUACUAAGUGUGCAAGCCAAUACGCCUGUAAGAUUUAUAUGAGCCAAUCGAUGGUAGAGAUAAAUAUGGUCCUGUAAACCGCAAUUGCAGGAUGUGUGUCAUUUCAGAGCAAAUAUUUGGGCCUCAGUUGGACAUCCUUAGAGUUUUGUGGUGUUUACUGUGCUUUUGCCCAGAAAACAGGGCAUUACUGAAGACAUUCAACCAAUUUGAAGGUGUGAUUUCCUUUCAUGUUUGGUAUAAAAUUGAACUAUUUUCAAUAGAAAAAGAUUCUUCUGAACACAAUCCAAUUACUUUGCUGAUUUUUCAACCACAUUAGAUCAGCUUCUAAACGCUUCUGUACGUAUAAAACGUGGUCAGAAAGAGCUCCACCUCGAUCAACUACAGCAUUAAAUUGCUCCUUUCCCACCAUUGUUUUGGAACUACAAUCCAAUGAUGAGUACCACAAUCACAGUGGUUGUUUGUCUGCAUAACAAAUACUUAACAAGAUUUUUACUCCAAGUA